CUAGGCCAAUUUUGGGGACGAUCAUUUGAUAGGCACAAGCAUUGAUUGACUUGCUUUGUUUAAAAAAAUUUUGACAUCACAUGCAUUCCUUCUUAUUUUCUUAAAAAAACUUUUAUCUUUUGAAGAGAGAAAGGAGAGUUACUCAAAAUUUUGUCUUUGCUCAUGAUAAGAAAGAGAAGUAAAAUAACAUGCAUGAAUCCUAAUGGAUUCUAGGAUAUCUAGAGCACCUGAGGAAUCAAUUGAGCCACAGAUAUCAAGCACAUGCUCAAGGAACCCUAAAGAAGAUGUGGACAAUUAGGCAAAGUGCUAUAUUUUGCAGGUUUCUAUAGGGAUAGAUUUCCUUCAUUUCCAUUAGAUAUCACCAACAGUAAUUACUCUGCUUGCAGCUUUUAUGUAGAUAUACUGCCCUUAAUUUUAUACUUAAAUACACUGAUUCCAAUCAAGUUUCAGGAUCAAUUGUGCACCCCCUGAAAAUUUUGCCUUAAGACACUCCGAUAAAGGCCUUUGGUAUGUCAGAAGAAUGGCAGCAAAUUUGGCUGUAUAUAAAACUUGCUAUUGAUGGAAUGCAAUGAAUGGCUGAUCAGAUCAACAAAAGCUUCCUCUUUGCAUGGAAUGAUGAGGAAACCCAUUGGAUGAUUGAAGCCAGACUCUUCCUCUGACCUCUUAAGCAACUCCCUAAACAAAGGAUGGUUCAAGCAUGAUAUCGGCAUCACAAACCACUUCUUUUGUUUUUGAUCUCCAACAUAAACAGUAACAUGUCCUCUCGGAACUUCUGAUGACUUUCUCAGCCUUUGCUUGACACCAGAAAUAAUGGAAGACGGAGGUUGCUGACGGUGGCCGUGCGGUGGCGGUGUAGUUAAUAUGAGAUGAUCACCGGAACCCAAGUUGUCACAUGGCUUUGCUCAAGUUUCAGCAUUUCUUCAAGAAAAACAGGGGUCGCACACGGAAUUUUCUGAAUAUAUAUAUAUAUAUAUAUAUUUAAACGGAUCACAUUUCGGGAAGAAGGAUUCAAAGUUUCAAACCACCUUACUACGAGAUAAGAUCACGAAACCCAAAUAUCAGAAUUUUUUGAAUAUUGAGCAAUUAUCAACUGAGUGUUUUUAUUGGAUAAGAAAUGAGAAGAAGCAGAACUUGGUUUUGUCCUUACUGUACUAUUCAUUCUCAAUCAUGCAUUUAGUUUGCGGUCGUCUACUAUGGGUGUUAGAUUACCGGAGUUGGUUCUUCAUGCGAAGCAGAUUAUCCGGAGGCGGUCCGCGGGGAAGCAUCAGCCAUCCUCCUGCGGCCAUUCACCGGCUGUGGCGGACGUUCCAAAAGGCCAUUUUGCAGUAUACGUAGGGGACGAGAAUGAGAACAAGCGGUUUGUAGUGCCUAUAUCGUACCUGAAGAAUCCCCUGUUCCAAGCUCUGCUUAGUCAGGCUGAAGAAGAGUUCGGCUUUGAUCGUCCGGCCUCCGGUCUCAUGAUUCCCUGCACCGAAGAUGAUUUCCUGCAUCUUUCUUCUCGAAUAAGUCAUUCUUGAAUUGACUUGUUUCUUUUCUUUUUGCCCUUUUUUUUUUUUUUUCAAGUGAUUCAAGUUUUGCCACUUCUUUUGGUUUAUUAAUUGAUCUGAGCCUAAAUAAUUUGUACAUAAUGUGAGGAAUAAAUCAAUACUAGCCUA